GCCUUUCUUUCAGGCCCUUUGUGUUCCCCAGCUUUUGACCUGGACCACUUUGGGCUGCAACUUGUUCCAGGAUAGUGUAGUUAUAUAUGACAAGCGCCUGCUCAUGCUGCAGUCAGUUCAAGUAUGGUAGUGUGGCUUGACGGGUGGCAUUCGCUUUGUUUAAAUGUGCGGUUUUUCUUGUGGCUCGAAUUUCUAAUGAAGCUUCUGAGAGGUUUUAGGCGGGCUUAUUCAUAAGAAGUAUGAACAAGAAUGAUUGUGCAGCUGCUGUUUGCUUGAUGAACCUUAGUUUUAUUGUUAUUAUUUCGUUCUUUUUUAUUUGCACAGAUGGUGUUAUUAUUUCUCUUUGGUGAGCACGCUUGCCUGGUUUUGAGAGGACGUGAUCAAUGUUUGAGAUUUUGAAGGCUGAUCCAUUGCACAGCUUGGUUCUGCUCUUGUUCGGUGGAUUCUUUUAAUUUUAUGAGUGCAAAUCAUUUUGAAGUUGGAAGAUCCUUUUUUCUUUAUUUCUUUUUUACCUUAAUACAACGGAGGUUAUAUUUGGAGAUAGUGGAAGAGAUUGUUGAGAUCAAAUCCUUAAGAACUGGAGUUUAAGAAUGUUUUGGUGCGUGGUAGGCAGAAAUUAGUAAAAGAAGAACAGCUAGUUUUGCUUUCUUUGAUCUUUUUAUCCAUUGAAUUAAAAAAUGGUUCUACAUAAUACUUAUGUCAUCUUUCUCUUUCUUUAUGAUUUUCUUUUUUAAAUGGAGAAAUGACGCUAGUGGGACCCAGAGUUUGGUGAGCCUUCAUCAAUCAAAGCAUUUGCAAAUCUUCUUAAAUAAACCUAACGGCCUUAAUUAUUAAUUUAAUCCACCGACAGCUCAUUGUGCAAAUAUUCACACAAACUACAACUAUUCUACGGCUUCUUCCAACAAUUGCCCGUCAUAACUUUUACCACCGUCCGAUUUAUAUAUACGUCAUCUCGUAGAGAGAUCGAACCAUCCGCAAAACAACUGAGCUUUACAAAUUUAUCGUACUGUUGGUUAUACAGCCUCCCUCCCAUCCUUCAAAUAUUUUGUUCUAAGAUCCCCUUUCGCUCGUGUUCUAUGGCACGUGCGAUCCGUUUUAAAAAAAAAAAACCUUCAGACGGUUCUCUCUCUCUCUUAAACCUCCCAUGUUUCUCAAUAUGCAAUAUUUAUUUAAUUUUUUUACAUUUUUGAACUCUGUUUCUCCCGUUCUUAGCAACUUUAUUGCUUAGUGUAAGCUUCGAAGUUAGAUCAAUCAAUAAUGGAGAUCAGAUAUGAGAAAAUGUAGUGAUAACUUCAUUUUCUUUCGACUCUUUUAGUUGCUCUGCUUUUGCAGCUCUUAAGUUCCUGUAACUGUUAAAAGUUUGAUUCUAGCUUUGGUUGUCGACUGCUAAGUUAGAAACGCAAAGAUGCAUUGGUUGUCGAGAAAAUGUAAGAAAAGAGAAUGUGGUUUGGAGUUUAGAAACCUGUAUAAUAUACUUGUAAGCAUUUUGGAGCUACAGGAACGGACAGAGACCUUUUACAAAUUUAAUCUGUUUGGAGUUCAGAAACCUGUAGAAUACGGUAAUUGUAAGCAUUCUGGAGCUAGAAGAACAGACACAGAUCGUUAAUUGCUCUUUGUUUUUGGUAUUCACUAAGAUAAGAAGAAUGUUGAUUUAGGUUGUCAGAAGUAGCUAUAUCCCUCAGCUAAUGGAGGAAAGUGUCAGCAAGGUACCACCGUCACUAACGCUAGGGAGCUUUAAGUCCAGUCUUUCUGGAAGAUCUACUCCAAAGAGUUCUCCUACAUUUCGGCGACUGCAUUCAAGCCGAACUCCAAGAAGAGAAGCAAGAAGUGGAGCUGGUGGCAUUCAAUGGUUUAGGAGCAAUCGAUUAGUUUAUUGGUUGCUUUUGAUUACUCUUUGGGCUUACCUUGGAUUUUAUGUACAAUCCAGGUGGGCUCAUGGUCAUAAAAAGGAGGAAUUUUUGGGCUUCACUGGUGAUCCAAGAAAUAAACUUUUGGAUGCUGAAAAGAAUGCACGACGAGAUUUGCUUGCUGAUGACAGUUUGGUAGCAGUGAAUACUGGAACUAAUAAAACUCAGGUGUCUAGUGAUAGAAAGUUUAAUGUGAUUUUGGCCAAGAAAGGGAAUGAAGUCUCAUCAAGGAAGAAAAGGAGUAAAAGAGCAAGGCGUAAUUUGCACAAGAUGCGUGGUAAACCAAAGGAAAAAAUGAACAAUGAAAUUAGUGACACCGAGGAUCAAGAACAGGAAAUUCUACUUACAAAUUCUACUUACAGAUUGCUUGUUGGUCCAUUUGGAUCAGUGGAGGACAGAGUUCUGGAGUGGAGUCCUGAAAAGCGGUCUGGAACAUGUGAUAGGAAGGGGCAUUUUGCACGCCUUGUUUGGUCCAGAAGGUUAGUGUUGGUAUUUCAUGAACUCUCAAUGACUGGGGCUCCGAUUUCAAUGAUGGAGUUGGCAACAGAGCUCUUGAGCUGUGGAGCCACUGUAUCUGCUGUUGUUCUGAGUAAGAAAGGAGGACUUGCGUCCGAGCUUGCAAGGAGAAGGAUCAAAGUGCUUGAAGACAGAGCAGACCUUAGCUUCAAAACUGCAAUGAAGGCAGACCUUGUGAUUGCAGGGUCAGCAGUCUGUGCAUCAUGGAUAGAUCAAUAUAUUGCACAUUUUCCCGCUGGAGGAAGUCAAAUUGCUUGGUGGAUCAUGGAAAAUAGAAGAGAAUACUUUGAUCGGUCAAAGCUUGUUCUACACCGGGUGAAAAUGCUUAUUUUCUUAUCUGAAUUGCAGAGUAAACAGUGGCUUACCUGGUGUCAAGAAGAAAAUAUUAAGCUGAGAUCUCAGCCUGCUCUUGUUCCACUUGCUGUUAAUGAUGAGCUGGCUUUUGUAGCUGGCAUUCCUUGUUCUUUAAAUACUCCAUCUUCCAGUCCAGAAAAGAUGCUAGAGAAAAGGCAGUUGUUGCGUGAUGCAGUAAGAAAAGAGAUGGGUUUGAAAGAUAAUGAUAUGCUUGUGAUGUCCCUAAGUAGCAUAAAUGCUGGAAAGGGCCAGCUCUUCCUUCUUGAGGCAGCACACCUCUUCAUCGAUCAGUAUCCUUUGCAAACUGGUUCUGAAGUUAAAAAAUCAUUGGAUAUCAGGCAUGAUCAUUCUACCUUGGGUGUAAAGCAUCAUUUAAGAGGUUUGGUUUUGAAGUCAAGCAACGGUGAUUUAUCGUCUAGAGAUUUGCGGACCAGAAACAGUCACAGAAGGAAGAUGCUGUUUGAUAGCCAAGGAACAGAAGAACAAGCUCUUAAAGUUCUUAUUGGUUCUGUUGGAUCUAAGAGCAAUAAGAUAUCUUAUGUUAAAGAAAUUCUUAGAUUUUUGUCUCAGCAUGCAAAGUUGUCAGAGUCUGUACUCUGGACUCCUACAACUACACGUGUUGCUUCUCUAUAUUCAGCAGCAGAUGUUUACGUCAUGAACUCCCAGGGACUAGGAGAAACAUUUGGGAGAGUGACUGUUGAAGCAAUGGCAUUUGGUCUUCCGGUGUUAGGGACUGAUGCUGGAGGCACAAAAGAGAUAGUUGAUCACAAUGUGACAGGGCUUUUGCACCCUAUGGGUCACCCAGGGACCCAAGUUCUUGCCGAAAAUCUCCGGUUUUUUCUCAAAAAUCCGUCUGCAAGGAAACAAAUGGGGAUGGAAGGAAGAAAGAAGGUAGAAAGAAAUUAUCUAAAGAAGCACAUGUACAAGAGAUUUGUAGAGGUUCUGACCAGGUGUAUGAGAAGCCGAUAGCAUCCUAUUGUGUCUAUUUUAGGUACACCACUCUCAUUCUUUUAUUUAUUUUCAUUUCUUAGGAACUUGUCUAUCAGUCAUCUGCAACCCCCUGUCAUUUGUCGUACAAUUUCUUUAGCUACCUUUUUUCCUGUCAGGAGAUGUGAUAUUGCCUUUUAAUUCAGUUUAAAGACUUUAAAAGCACAUAGAAACAAUAUUCAACUUUGUAAUCUCUCCAAUGGUAAACUCCUUUAAAAAUAUGUUUA